AUGCAGCGGUCACAUAGACGGUCAACGAAGGUCUGCGCUAGUCUCGUUCGUUCUCUUGAAGCCCGCGUAGCCGAACUCGAAGGCCAGGUGUUGAACUUCCAGGCCGGGACACAGAACACUCCCUACUUAAUGGCAUCUAAAGUAGCCCAGGCCACCAUAUCGUUUGGGCUGCCCAGUUCCAACUCUUAUUUACAUUCAAAGAUCUCAUCAGCUCUUGUAUUCCGCCCAUCCUGUCCUCCACUUGCGCUUGUUCGAGACCGAGGAUCUGACUCAGUUCAUGUCCCCCACUCUUCCACGGAACAGGACGGAUCUUCAAGUCACCCUAAGAAGAGCAACUUAAUUAGUCUAAAGAGUAUCCCCUCUUCCGCGAUAUCACGUAUGAUCAGGAACUAUGCAGACAUGCAUUUGCCGCAAUACCCUUGCAUCACUGAGGCGAUGCUGCAGGAGAUUGUGAAACGCACCGGGAUGGACGAACUUGGCGACACUAGCUCCCUUCUCCUAAACGGAAUUCCCGCCGACUCUGGUAUUGGCCACUUCGAAUAUUUUGUGCUCUUCAUCGCUCUAGCUAUAUCAGCUAUGACCUUGACUUGGAAAGCUGAAGACCAGGCAAGAGCUGCCUCGGAAUCCUUCUUUAACUCUGCAUUGAAGCAUUUACAGGUACUUGAAGAACAGAGUGAGAUAAAAUCACUUCAGAUUUCUCUUCUUCUCGCUCACUAUGCACACAUGUGCCCGGAGAGGGUUGAUAAUUGGACAUGUAUCUCUGAUGCCGUGAGGAUCGUUCUCAACCUUGGCCUUCACAGGGAAUGCACUGAAAACAUUGAUAUUGAGCAUCGCCGGCUUCGCGCGGAAUUGUUUUGGGUUACUUAUGGGAUGGAGCGGUCAUUGUGUACGAAUCUACGUCUUCCUCUUUCAUUCCCAGAAGAAGCUAUCACAACAAAGCGCGAAUUAUUUGUUGAGGAGGGAUUCAACUCUCUGUUUACGAACGAGGAUUUAUUGAGAAAGUCCGCAUCUAGCCAUAUUUGCCUCUAUCGAGCCUUGGAGACGGAGGUGCACAGGGUCCUACACCUCGAGGACAACCUUCUUGAGAGUAGUGGCAUGAGUAUCGAAGCUUGGAUCAUCGACAUUAAUACACGCCUGGGGACUUGGUAUGAGGCGGCACAGGUUUACACUCAAUACGGAAUGCUUGAAUUCAAACAUGUGCAGUACCACCAUCUACGUGCGAGGAUUCAUCGCCCAACGCCACGCCUUAUGAAUCGCACCAAUGAAGAUCGCGAGCAGGUACUCCAAGCGGCGAUUGUUUUGAUCGAUGACUACCAUGGCCAGGAGAGCCGACGAAGACUAUUUUAUCCCUGGCAUGGUGUCCACAUACUUUUUGAGGUUGUUGUUAUCGCCUUGGAGGCUUGCUGGACGUUGUAUAAUUGUCAUGCAAUACAUCCCUUGGCCGAGGAGCUUCUCAAGAGUCGCAUUCCACAAUGCCUCCAGAUGCUCAGAAACAUAGGUGAACGCUGGAAUGAGGCAACGGCAUGUGCUCGGCGACUUCAGCCACUUCUUGACAAAAUCACCACGUGGUAUUAUCCUGGGGGUGAUGAAAUUGCCGAUAAAACGUCCAUAUCAGAGGAGAUACGGAAUCUUCUUUUAUCCGAUGGCUCCCUUACGUGGAACCAGAGAGUGGCAUCUGAUAUUCAGCUGCCAGUCGAGGCAUUUCUCUUUGAUGAUGUGGAGCUGGAUAACUUUCAAUUCUUAGAAUGGGCGCCUGAGUGGGAUAUCCUGCCCACAGACUUUGAACUAGCAUGA